AAUAAAACACAUACAAAAAAAACAAUCAUGGCGGACUCUGAAGCCUUAUCCACCGUGUAUUUAGCAAUAAGCAACAUUCCUGUUGCUCUACGCUCCGCGGAUUUGAGGAAUUAUUUCAGUCAGUUCAUAGAAAGUGGCGGUUUUCAGUGUUUUCACUACCGACAUCGACCGGAGGUUCUCAGGGAGACCGAGGUGUCCGAGGACACCGUGUGUAGCGACGGUGAAGAGGGCAGCUCCAAGUGUUCGGAGGCUGACGGCGUAACGUUACCCGUGAAGAAGCAGGCGGUGAAGACGUGCUGCUGUAUCGCCUCACUUCGUGCUAAAGAUGCCGACAGACUCGUCAGGAUGUAUGCGGGGAAUCACUGGAUUGACCCGAAGGGGAACUGGCUGGCUAGUCGUUGUGUUAUUAAAAGAGUAAAGGUUUCACACGACCACGAUGAUGGGUCAUUCCCCUACAAAUCAAAGCACGAGCAGCGCCACCGUGUGUCCUUAACAGAGCGUUUCACAGAGGCGGACCUCAAAAGUUUGUCCGAGCUGAAUCCACCAGCUCUGAUGCAGAAUGGGAACGUGGGCACACCAGUGAAAGUCUUCCUGCAGCUCAUCCAGUCCUGCCGACUGCCUCCUCGUCUCAUCCGCAAGUUGGGCCUCACUUUCCCCAAGACCAGCUCCAACCGGCGUUACGGCAAUGUGCCUUUCCAUUAUCGGGACACCUGGACUCUUCCAGCCACAGAAGAGACCGUGUUAACGGCUGCUGGACAUGAAAUAUCAGGACCGGGCACUUUGGCUGCUCCGUUCUCAAGACGGAGGAAGCUGUUUGAUCACGCAGCAACAACAGAGACGGAUGAGCCACAGAAAGAAGAAGAAGAGGAGGAGGAUGCACAGUCAAAUGCGGAUGAUGAUGAUGAUUGGUGUGAGGAGUGGGAGCGCCACGAGGCUUUGCACGAGGAUGUAACGAGCCAGGAGCGAUGCAAAGAGCGGCUGUUCGAAGAAGAGAUCGAGUUGAAGUGGGAGAAGGGCGGCUCGGGCCUGGUGUUCUACACCGACGCCCAAUACUGGCAGGAGGAAGAAGGAGAUUUUGAUGAACAAACGACAGACGACUGGGAUGUCGACAUGAGCGUUUACUAUGAUAAAGAUGGAGGUGAUAUGGAUGCCCGUGACUAUGUCCGAAUGCGGUACGAGAAAAGGCUGAGGGAGGGUCUUGAAGACAGAUCUGGACACAGUCAGUUGGACACAGUCAUCGGCAGCUUUGAGAGGUUUUCUAAGGGCUUUGGUCGUCGUUUGAUGGAAAAGCAGGGCUGGAAGGACGGUGAAGGGUUGGGACACAGUCAGGUUGGGAUCCCUGAUGCCCUUGAGGGUGAGGGCCAACAUCCCAACUGUAAAAGAGGCUUUGGGUAUCAUGGAGAGAAGCUUGUCCUACAGCCUGUAAAGAAGGCCAGGACAGAUUUUCAUAUAACCACAGUGUACGACAAACCCAAAGACAUCGAUGGAGGCGACACCUUGCUGAGACGUCAACCAAACACUAGUAUGAAGUACAGAGGCUGGCAGCCAGGUGGCACCAUCGGACCACGACGAUAACAGCUACAUUAUUUUUAUUCCAUAGAUUUUGUACUAGCAUAUUUUUAUAACUGUGUUAAUAAAGCAUUUUUUUGAAACAUUUCA